AUGCCCGAUAACAACGUUGGUGAUACACAAAAUUUUUCCGAUAAUUUUUCUGCAGUGCGACUUCCAUCUUUUUGGGUAUCAAAACCUGAAAUCUGGUUUACUCAGGUGGAAGCAAAAUUUUCAAUAUGUAAUGUGCAGAAUGACAAAGCUAAAUACAAUCUGGUGAUUUCUAAUUUACCGUUAGAAAUCAUUUCAUCAGUUAUUGAUGUGAUUAAUAACCCACCAGACACAAACUUAUAUCCUUUUCUUAAAAAAACUUUAAUUGAUAGACUAUCACAAAGUGAGGAGAAACGUCUGGAUGAUCUCCUGUCGGGUUCAGAGAUGGGAAAUCAAAAACCAUCUGAAUUCUUCCGAGGUAUGAUGGUUACUGCAGGUGGUUCUCAAGUUGUAAGUCAAGACUUACUUUUAAAACUUUGGAAGAGGAGGCUUCCACACACAAUUUCAGUUGCCUUACUGGCCUCUGGAAAAAGUGAUCCACUUGAAUUACUAACGAUGGCAGAUAAAAUUUGGGAUUCUUUAAAUUCCGGUCCUUAUUCAUCAUUAAAAGUUUCAGAAAUUACGCCUGCCCAAAAUUCACAUUCGACGCAUGAUUUUCCUUUAUUAAAAGCCAUCAGUGAUUUAACUUCAACUUGUCAAACUUUGUUGCAAACUGUAACACAACAACACACAUCUAUUACAUCUAUUCAAAAUAAAAUAAAUAACUUACAACAGAGUGUUGAAGAUAUAAAUUCUUUACAACGUCAGUGUUGUUCACAUUGUCGUUACAAUGACAAUUCUUCAUUUCGUUCGCGCAAUCGUACUCCUUCUCGAGAACGUUCAAACAUUUGCAAAUUUCAUAGCAGAUAUGGUACCAAAGCUUAUAGUUGUGAAGGUACUUGGUGUAAAUUCCAUAAUUUAAUAAAAAAUAAACCAACUACAUCCUAUUCAAAUUCAAAAAACUAA